CCCCGCCGGCUGUCUGGGGCCGGGGCAGAGUUCCAGGCCCACGGCCCCCGCGUCGUAUCUGCGCCGCCGUAUCUGUGGCCCGCGCUGGGAGCGGGCCUUGCGCGCUCGCUUUUCCUGUCCGCGAGCCCGAGGUCCCAGGUUUCGGGGCUCCGGUGCCCUCCCCACCCCCCGCCCCCACCCCCGACAGCGCCGGCAGCUGGAAGAGUCGCUGGCCGCGGUCGCCGUUAGGGUAACAAGUAAAGCAUCUCUGAAGCUUGAAGAUAAAGCAGAAAUCUUCUUUUGAAUAGAUGGAUUUUUGUCACUUUCUGUGAACCAAAGCGAUUCAAUGUCUCUUCUGGAUUGUUUCUGUACUUCACGAACACGAGUUGAAUCACUUAGGCCAGAAAAACAGUCUGAAACCAGUAUCCAUCAAUACUUGGUUGAUGAGCCAUCCCUUUCCUGGUCACCUCCAUCCACUAGAACCAGUGAAGCAAUACAUUCUACCAAUGUUUCUCACUAUGAACUGCAGGUGGAAAUAGGAAGAGGAUUUGACAACUUGACCUCUGUCCAUCUUGCUCGGCAUACUCCUACAGGAACACUGGUAACUAUAAAAAUUACAAAUCUUGAAAACUGCAAUGAAGAACAGCUGAAAGCUUUACAGAAAGCAGUGAUUCUAUCCCACUUUUUUCGGCACCCUAAUAUUACAACUUAUUGGACAGUUUUCACUGUUGGCAGUUGGCUUUGGGUUAUUUCUCCAUUUAUGGCCUAUGGUUCAGCAAGUCAGCUCUUGAGAACUUACUUUCCUGAAGGAAUGAAUGAAACUUUAAUAAGAAACAUUCUCUUUGGAGCAGUGCGAGGAUUGAAUUAUCUUCAUCAAAAUGGCUGUAUUCAUAGGAGUUUUAAAGCCAGCCAUAUCCUCAUUUCUGGUGAUGGCCUAGUGACCCUCUCUGGCCUGUCCCAUCUGCAUAGUUUGGUUAAGCACGGACAGAGGCAUAGGGCUGUGUUUGAUUUCCCACAGUUCAGCACAUCAGUGCAGCCGUGGCUGAGUCCAGAGCUACUGAGACAGGAUUUACACGGAUAUAAUGUGAAGUCAGAUAUUUACAGUGUUGGGAUUACAGCAUGUGAAUUAGCCAGUGGGCAGAUCCCAUUUCAGGACAUGCAUAGGACUCAGAUGCUGUUACAGAAACUAAAAGGUCCUCCAUAUAGCCCAUUGGAUAUCAGUAUUUUCCCUCAAUCAGACUCCAGAAUGAAAAGUUCUCGGUCAGGUGUGGACUCUGGGAUUGGAGAGAGUGUACUUGUCUCCAGUGGAAGUCACACAGUCACUAAUGAACGGCUGCACACACCAGCCUCGAAGACCUUCUCUCCUGCCUUCUUUAGCUUAGUACAGCUCUGUUUGCAGCAAGAUCCUGAGAAAAGGCCAUCAGCAAGCAGUUUAUUGUCCCAUGUAUUCUUCAAACAGAUGAAAGAAGAAAGUCGGGAUUGCAUUCUCUCCCUGUUGCCCCCUGCCUAUAACAAGCCAUCAGAAGCACUGCCUCCAGUGUUGCCUUGGACUGAGCCGCAAUGUGAUCUUCCAGAUGAAAAGGACCCAGACUGGGACUUAUAGGGCUGCCAAGCCAUUUCAUGUCCUAUAUACUUGACACUUUCUCCUUGCUGCUUGUUCUGCUGUAUUGCUAGGUACAAAUACCAGAAUUAUACUUGAAAGUACAGUUGGUGCACUGGAGAAUCUAUCAUGUAAACCCCUCUGUCUACAGGGCAUGAGUUUCUAGUCCUCUUCUAUGUCAGAGAGCCUUCACAACUCCAGGGCAGCAUCAGAAUUACUCCUCUAGCUACAGUUAGUAUCAUCUCUUCUUCAUUUAUCACACACACACAGCAAGCUGUGACCCCACUUCUCUUGAUCUCUCAGUGUAAUUAUUUUUGUCGGUUGUGGAGCUUGAACUCUGGGCCUGGGUUCUGUUCCUGAGCUCUUCAGCUCAAGACGAGCACUCUACCACUUGAGCCACAGCACCACUUCCAGUGUAAUUUUUGAGCCAGGUUUUUCUACAUCUUGCUUUCCUCAGGGUACAGUGCCGCCCAGGAUAUCUUGUUCUUGGAGAUUCUCUAGCCUUUUUUUAUCAGCUACUUAGACCAACAGGUUAGUUUAUUAUGGCACCAUACCCUUUUCUGGAGAAGGGAAAUGUGUAUAUUUCCCCUUCUUAUUCUGUUAAUGUUAAUAUGUAUUGUAACAUCAAACUGAGCCUCACAUUUAAUGAUUCACUUGAAAUGUAUAGAGAAAAUUUCAUUUGCUUUUUAUAAAAAGGGAGGGCCCUAAGCAACACUUUUCUAGCUAUGUAAAUUAUAGAUCCUAAAUUCAUGUACUCUGUGGGUGCUCAAUAAAAACUUAAUGAAUUGAA